AUGUUUGGAGCGCGUAGGAGAACUGGCUUUAACGUCCGCCUAUCAACGAGGAAGACGAAGCCUGAAGGUGACUUGACAGGGAUUACGGCUGAACAGAUCGCCCUCCAGAACCAUAUUGAGGCGCUUCAGCCUUCAGCCGCAGCAACAAGCUUUGUACCCGCAGCAGCUCGCUUCGAACCAGGUCCUCUCGCUGCGAACUCCAGGAUUGGUCCCAAACAGGCACAGGCGCGUCCAAAGCCCAUUACUAACCGACAUGGGUGGAAACUUAGUUCGCUCCAUCCAUUCGGUACUUUGGCUGAAGAGCUUGGUCCCAUUGGAGACAUCGAAGUGGAAACCAGUGCUUUGUUGAAGGACUGCAACUUCCCUACAGGGGAGUUCUCAGACGGCGUUCUCAAAUGCCUGCUUCCUACACCCUGGACCGUCCCAGAGAGGGAAUUUGAGGCUCGGAAGGAUCUUCGUGAAAAAGCGCAUCUUUACUAUUGA